AUGGAGUUUUCCAACCUUUUUGAUCUGCAAAUACCACCACCACCACCACCUGUGGUUGAAGAAACCCACACCAGUUUUGAGAGGGUGAUUUGCAGAAACAGCAGAAGGCAGCAGUAUCAUGAUGAUGAUGAUCAAGAUGAUGAUGAUGAUACCAACCAUGAAGGAAAAUUCAAGUCCAAGAACUUGAAAGCCGAAAGACGGAGGCGCGAAAAGCUCAAAUCCCGAAUGCUAGAAUUACGAUCUCUAGUUCCGAAAAUAACCAAUUUGAACAAAGAAACGAUCAUAACCGAUGCCAUUGAUUACAUCAAGGAGCUUCAAAGUUCCGUCACGGAUCUUCAGAACGAAAUCGUUGAAAUGGAAGCGGAAAUGGCGCACGAACAGCCUUCCGAGAUCAUACAAGUUCCUUCUGAAGAAAAAAUGGAAAAUUGGGGGAUAGAGUCAGAUGUAGAGGUGACUCGUAUUGACGAGAAUAAGUCGUGGAUGAAGAUCGUUUUCGGGAAGAAAGCAGGCGGGUUUACGAAGCUGAUAGAGGCGAUGAGCGUACUAGGCGUUGAGCUUGUUGAUACGAGCGUUACCGCCACAAAAGGCGCGCUUCUUGUUACUUCAUGCAUCAAGGGAACUCAAGGUAAAAUGCUUGAUUCUGAGCAGGUUCAAGAAGUAUUAGUGGAGAUUAUUAAAGCCAUAUAA